AAAAUCUAACCUAAGAAAAAAGGCCUAUAUAUGAUUAAGUGGUAACUUUCUUUUGCAGGUAAGUCUGGCUUUGUAACUGUUCAUGUAAUUAAAAUAAGCUACAGUAGAGUAGACUCUAUUUCCCUUUCAAAUAUAGGAGUGGGCAAUAUGCCAAAGUAUUAUAUUACCAUUUAGAACCUAUAAUUAAAAUUUUAUGUUACUUAAUUUAGCUUUAUUGUACUCUUUAAGAGGCAGACAUAAAGGUAUCUGCUUCUUCUGACAGUUAACACUUCACUGUAAUUGGUUAAAUCCCCUGUAGCUCGCUCAGAACAUGACAGAGGCUGACCAAUAGGAGGCGUGAGUUAGUAGGGAAAGUGUUUGAGCAUUGAGCUGCUUCACCUAAUCUAUAGCCUAUGUCACACAUCACUCAGCAAACAGUUUAUCAGAAAUGCCUGAGUUCAUCAAGCUUGUUUAUUACGCAUGGACAAUAGCCAAAUCGAUUUGAUUGUUGACUGACUAUAUAAAGUUUAUGAUUAUCCAUGUUAAGCAGCCUUUGAUUAGCUUUUAGCCACUGUUGAUCCUGUCUGCACCCCCUGGUUCUCUACAGCUGCCCGCGCACUGGUUCUGGACCAGACACUACGCGUCCAUACGAGGCGAGACCUUUAAGUACGGACCUUCGGAUUUCUCGGUCACGUGACACACAUCUCCAACCUGCUCCUCGCGGCAGCCGGUGUGUCGUCUGUUCUCACGAAUGAUCCAAGUUGCAGGAUGGCAGAGGGUCCCAGGUCAUGUGACUGUUUUGUAUCCUUGCCUCCUGGAUCCAAACACAACCAAGUGAUUUUUGGGAAAAACUCAGACCGACCCCGCGAUGAGGUCCAAGAGGUGACGUACUACCCUGCAGCAACUCAUCCACCAGGCUCAGUACUGGAGUGCACGUAUAUCCAGAUUCCUCAGGUGGAGCGAACUCAUGCGGUGGUGCUGAGUAAACCUGCCUGGAUGUGGGGGGCGGAGAUGGGGGCGAAUGAUCAGGGUGUGUGCAUCGGGAACGAGGCAGUGUGGACCAAAGAGGAGGUGAACCCUGGAGAGGCUUUGCUUGGCAUGGACCUGCUACGUUUGGGUCUGGAGCGUGGGGACACUGCGUGGAGCGCCCUCUCUGUCAUCACUGAGUUACUGCAGCAGCACGGACAGGGAGGCCAGUGCAGAGAAGACCCCGAACCCUUCUCCUAUCAUAACACCUUCCUCCUGGACCGCUCUGAGGCCUGGGUCCUGGAGACAGCGGGCAGGCUCUGGGUGGCUCAGAAGAUCACAGAGGGAGUAAAGAACAUCUCAAACCAGCUGACCAUCUCCACGGAGAUCUCUGUGGAGCACCCAGAGCUGCGGGCCGUGGCUCAGGCCCAGGGCUGGUGGGACGGUCAGGGCGACUUCAGCUUCUCUCAGGUGUUCACCCCUGAGCAGCCCCCUGCCCGCAUGGAGCUGGCCAAAAAGCGCUACAGAGGGGGCACCGAGCUGCUGCAGCAACAUGAUGGUUCAGUCACAGCAGAGGUGAUGAUGUCCAUAUUGAGAGACAAACCAAGUGGUAUAUGUAUGGACUCUGGAGGCUUCAGGACCACUGGGAGCAUGGUCUCGCUGCUACCCAGAGACCCCAGCCUGCCCUGUGUACACUUCUUCACUGCCACCCCAGACCCAUCCAGGUCUGUCUUCAAGCCUUUUGUCUUUUCGGAUUGUACUGCUCCAGUGCUGAGGGUCAUCUCCCCACAGUUUGGUCCAGAUGACCCAGUCAGAAAACAGCCACGUUUUCAGAGCAAAGUGGACCGCAGACAUGACCUGUACAAGGCCCACCAGGUGGCACUUAACACUAUGGAGACCAACCCAGACGAGGGGUUAGUAAUUUAUGAGAUUUUGCGUGAGCUGGAGUCACAGUGUCUGAGUGAGAUUUCGGCGAUGCUGAAUGGAGAGAUCCCUGGAGACGAGCUUGGAGACCUGUUCUUUGACUGUGUGGACACAGAAAUCAAGUUCUACCAGUGACCAGGGCCAGCGCCCCCAGGUGGAUGCACUAAGUGAUCGCAGCAGGAGAUGGCCCUGAAGACUUGUUACUCUAAUGGCCUCAGCUUCACUCACUCUAUUCUCAUACCAUCUUUAACACUGACUAAACGCACGUGUGAUUGAAGCAUAUUAUCAUCAAAAUCACCAUGGCUGACAUAGAGACAUAGAUGGCACAGGAGAGAUAGGCCUACUAGAAAUGUGAAGAAGUUGCAUUGUACUGCACUGUAGAUUAUGUUUUACUGAUGAAUGACUUGGCAUUGACUGAUUAUUUUGAAAGAUCUAAUAAAGUUCAUA